AUGAAUCCUAGUGGACAUAUAGUUGUCAUCCGUAGGGAUGGUACUGAUGGUUUAACUUGCGAUUGGUGUUCGCCCUUGUGUGAUAUUGGGAGUAACCAGUCUUGUGACAUUCGUGUGCAACACUCAACAGUCGCUCCAUUUCAUUGUACCCUGCAACUACUGAAAGAUGGAUCAGUUCAAGCCGUCAGCAGAGUAGAUGGACGAUACAAAAUGUUAGUUAAUAAUUUCCCGUUGAACGAUGCUUGCGUUUUGACUGAUAAUUGCAUACUAACUGUUGGGGAUCGCCAGUUUCGCUUUUUCUAUCCAUCAAGUCGAAAGACAACAAAUAAUUAUUUAUACGAAACGUCCAGUAAAACACCAAAACACUAUAACAAAGAAGAGGUUAUAACUCCAACCUCUCUACCUGUUGUUCAUCCAUCCAAACGUACCACUCCUAGAAAGAUAUUAGUUAAUCCUAAAACUCGCUCCCCUCGACAGAGGUCUGUGACUCCGAAAAGAACCCUAGGGACCAACGAACGUUAUGGUCCAGUUCCUCCUCGUCAACCAGCUACCCCACCAAUAAUCCAAGUACUCCGACACGAACCGAAUUCAUCACAGUCAAAGCAGCUACCUGUAUUGCAAGCAGAAAAUGUCGAGUUUAAUAAAAAAAGUGUAGGUGAUGGUAAGGGUUAUAGCUGUACAGAUGUGAGUGUUUCUAAAUCAAAUCAAACAAAGUCAUCUGUCGUUCCUGACUUGUCAGAUCCAACAUCCCAUCCCUCGAGCAGUGCUUUGUCAUCUAUCAAAGUGAGGUCACAAAACCGUAUUCACACUCCGAUUAUUACAUCUACUUUAUCUAAUGAUCACUUCAACUUCACACCAAACGAAAAUAAACGUUCACCCGGUUUUAGAAAGAGUUUCCAUAAGCUUCUCAUCUUAAAUGAAUCAUCUAACCAAUCCAACCUUUGCAAAAUUAAUCAGUUUUAUGAUGAAUUAAGUUAUGUAAAGCAGCAGGUGAUUGAAAGCAAGAGAUCACCAUCUAAUGAACAAGAAAACCAAUCUUGUUACGAUAAAUGCCUUGAUCAUCCCACAGAAGGUUCCCGUGAAUAUAUUCCAGAGUUGCCCACAUCACCGAAUUCCCUGAGGAUUGCGAGGAAAUUGUCUGCAAAGUCAUCGCAGAAAAUUAGCAUAGCAUAUUCACCAGAAACAGAACAAGAAUUGAUUAGCCGUGAUAGAAAACGUACCAUAUCCGGUAAAACUUAUCCAGUUGCAGAGGACAUGCUUGCUCCUAAACGUCGGAGGGGGGUUUCAUUCGGCCCACCCUUAAGCCCUGAACGAUUUGAUAAAUCUCUUCCCCCGUCUACUCCGGUUAAGCGAGGUGGAACUCCACUAGUCAAAAUAAGUCACAGUACCCCAGCAAACCAUAGUUUACAAGUCACUUCAGUUGUUGGGCACUCAGCUACACCAUUUGAUUCCAAAUUGUCAGAAGUAUCGCAUUUAUCAGAUUUCUCAAAAACAUGUGAAUCUCCGAAUUACAAUGUAACACAUAAUCGAGUUUCUGCAGUCAUCUCUCUCCCUCCAACACCAGACACUAAUCUUCUAAAUUCCUUGAGUACUGAUAUUAGUUGUGCUCAUGAAAGUUUCGCUAAUUUCCCAGUGACUUCCGCAGCUUACUCUGCUCCAAUAAAAAAAUCCUCAGUCAGCCGAAAAAAUUUCAAAAGACAUUCACUUGGGUUCCUAGAGAAAACAAGUAAAACACCGUCACCGAGAGUCCCACCAACUAGUCCUGUAUCAACCAAACAAAAUAAAAAAAACAAAUCAACAAACGAACAUAAUGCUAAAAUUCAGGGAAAAAAGUCAAAAAGCCUCCAUACCUACGGUGCAAAAACUUAUAAUAAUAACAACUACAACAAACUAUACUCCAGUGUUCCUCAUAGCCUACUAAAUAUUACCCAGGAAGACAAACAUCAUAAAGGAACACCUCCAGUGCCAUCGACCAACUUGACAGAGGAGGAAGCAGUUACACCUGAGAAGAGUUUGUUGUCUCCACGAAAGGAAUCUGGUUUGACUGGUGUCAGGAAGUUGAUGAGAACUCCGAAGCCUGUGCAAACACCUCGUAUAUCUGGUGUUAGUGAACUGUUUGUCGAUGAACCUAGUGUGAAGAGACGUCGUAGUCGACCCUCAUCAGUGCCACCGACCAACUUGACAGAGGAGGAAGCAGUUACACCUGAGAAGAGUUUGUUGUCUCCACGAAAGGAAUCUGGUUUGACUGGUGUCAGGAAGUUGAUGAGAACUCCGAAGCCUGUGCAAACACCUCGUAUAUCUGGUGUUAGUGAACUGUUUGUCGAUGAACCUAGUGUGAAGAGACGUCGUAGUCGACCCUCAUCAGUGCCACCGACCAACUUGACAGAGGAGGAAGCAGUUACACCUGAGAAGAGUUUGUUGUCUCCACGAAAGGAAUCUGGUUUGACUGGUGUCAGGAAGUUGAUGAGAACUCCGAAGCCUGUGCAAACACCUCGUAUAUCUGGUGUUAGUGAACUGUUUGUCGAUGAACCUAGUGUGAAGAGACGUCGUGGUCGACCCUCAUCAGUGCCACCGACCAACUUGACAGAGGAGGAAGCAGUUACACCUGAGAAGAGUUUGUUGUCUCCACGAAAGGAAUCUGGUUUGACUGGUGUCAGGAAGUUGAUGAGAACUCCGAAGCCUGUGCAAACACCUCGUAUAUCUGGUGUUAGUGAACUGUUUGUCGAUGAACCUAGUGUGAAGAGACGUCGUGGUCGACCCUCAUCAGUGCCACCGACCAACUUGACAGAGGAGGAAGCAGUUACACCUGAGAAGAGUUUGUUGUCUCCACGAAAGGAAUCUGGUUUGACUGGUGUCAGGAAGUUGAUGAGAACUCCGAAGCCUGUGCAAACACCUCGUAUAUCUGGUGUUAGUGAACUGUUUGUCGAUGAACCUAGUGUGAAGAGACGUCGUGGUCGACCCUCAUCAGUGCCACCGACCAACUUGACAGAGGAGGAAGCAGUUACACCUGAGAAGAGUUUGUUGUCUCCACGAAAGGAAUCUGGUUUGACUGGUGUCAGGAAGUUGAUGAGAACUCCGAAGCCUGUGCAAACACCUCGUAUAUCUGGUGUUAGUGAACUGUUUGUCGAUGAACCUAGUGUGAAGAGACGUCGUGGUCGACCCUCAUCAGUGCCACCGACCAACUUGACAGAGGAGGAAGCAGUUACACCUGAGAAGAGUUUGUUGUCUCCACGAAAGGAAUCUGGUUUGACUGGUGUCAGGAAGUUGAUGAGAACUCCGAAGCCUGUGCAAACACCUCGUAUAUCUGGUGUUAGUGAACUGUUUGUCGAUGAACCUAGUGUGAAGAGACGUCGUAGUCGACCCUCAUCAGUGCCACCGACCAACUUGACAGAGGAGGAAGCAGUUACACCUGAGAAGAGUUUGUUGUCUCCACGAAAGGAAUCUGGUUUGACUGGUGUCAGGAAGUUGAUGAGAACUCCGAAGCCUGUGCAAACACCUCGUAUAUCUGGUGUUAGUGAACUGUUUGUCGAUGAACCUAGUGUGAAGAGACGUCGUGGUCGACCCUCAUCAGUGCCACCGACCAACUUGACAGAGGAGGAAGCAGUUACACCUGAGAAGAGUUUGUUGUCUCCACGAAAGGAAUCUGGUUUGACUGGUGUCAGGAAGUUGAUGAGAACUCCGAAGCCUGUGCAAACACCUCGUAUAUCUGGUGUUAGUGAACUGUUUGUCGAUGAACCUAGUGUGAAGAGACGUCGUGGUCGACCCUCAUCAGUGCCACCGACCAACUUGACAGAGGAGGAAGCAGUUACACCUGAGAAGAGUUUGUUGUCUCCACGAAAGGAAUCUGGUUUGACUGGUGUCAGGAAGUUGAUGAGAACUCCGAAGCCUGUGCAAACACCUCGUAUAUCUGGUGUUAGUGAACUGUUUGUCGAUGAACCUAGUGUGAAGAGACGUCGUAGUCGACCCUCAUCAGUGCCACCGACCAACUUGACAGAGGAGGAAGCAGUUACACCUGAGAAGAGUUUGUUGUCUCCACGAAAGGAAUCUGGUUUGACUGGUGUCAGGAAGUUGAUGAGAACUCCGAAGCCUGUGCAAACACCUCGUAUAUCUGGUGUUAGUGAACUGUUUGUCGAUGAACCUAGUGUGAAGAGACGUCGUGGUCGACCCUCAUCAGUGCCACCGACCAACUUGACAGAGGAGGAAGCAGUUACACCUGAGAAGAGUUUGUUGUCUCCACGAAAGGAAUCUGGUUUGACUGGUGUCAGGAAGUUGAUGAGAACUCCGAAGCCUGUGCAAACACCUCGUAUAUCUGGUGUUAGUGAACUGUUUGUCGAUGAACCUAGUGUGAAGAGACGUCGUGGUCGACCCUCAUCAGUGCCACCGACCAACUUGACAGAGGAGGAAGCAGUUACACCUGAGAAGAGUUUGUUGUCUCCACGAAAGGAAUCUGGUUUGACUGGUGUCAGGAAGUUGAUGAGAACUCCGAAGCCUGUGCAAACACCUCGUAUAUCUGGUGUUAGUGAACUGUUUGUCGAUGAACCUAGUGUGAAGAGACGUCGUGGUCGACCCUCAUCAGUGCCACCGACCAACUUGACAGAGGAGGAAGCAGUUACACCUGAGAAGAGUUUGUUGUCUCCACGAAAGGAAUCUGGUUUGACUGGUGUCAGGAAGUUGAUGAGAACUCCGAAGCCUGUGCAAACACCUCGUAUAUCUGGUGUUAGUGAACUGUUUGUCGAUGAACCUAGUGUGAAGAGACGUCGUGGUCGACCCUCAUCAGUGCCACCGACCAACUUGACAGAGGAGGAAGCAGUUACACCUGAGAAGAGUUUGUUGUCUCCACGAAAGGAAUCUGGUUUGACUGGUGUCAGGAAGUUGAUGAGAACUCCGAAGCCUGUGCAAACACCUCGUAUAUCUGGUGUUAGUGAACUGUUUGUCGAUGAACCUAGUGUGAAGAGACGUCGUGGUCGACCCUCAUCAGUGCCACCGACCAACUUGACAGAGGAGGAAGCAGUUACACCUGAGAAGAGUUUGUUGUCUCCACGAAAGGAAUCUGGUUUGACUGGUGUCAGGAAGUUGAUGAGAACUCCGAAGCCUGUGCAAACACCUCGUAUAUCUGGUGUUAGUGAACUGUUUGUCGAUGAACCUAGUGUGAAGAGACGUCGUGGUCGACCCUCAUCAGUGCCACCGACCAACUUGACAGAGGAGGAAGCAGUUACACCUGAGAAGAGUUUGUUGUCUCCACGAAAGGAAUCUGGUUUGACUGGUGUCAGGAAGUUGAUGAGAACUCCGAAGCCUGUGCAAACACCUCGUAUAUCUGGUGUUAGUGAACUGUUUGUCGAUGAACCUAGUGUGAAGAGACGUCGUAGUCGACCCUCAUCAGUGCCACCGACCAACUUGACAGAGGAGGAAGCAGUUACACCUGAGAAGAGUUUGUUGUCUCCACGAAAGGAAUCUGGUUUGACUGGUGUCAGGAAGUUGAUGAGAACUCCGAAGCCUGUGCAAACACCUCGUAUAUCUGGUGUUAGUGAACUGUUUGUCGAUGAACCUAGUGUGAAGAGACGUCGUGGUCGACCCUCAUCAGUGCCACCGACCAACUUGACAGAGGAGGAAGCAGUUACACCUGAGAAGAGUUUGUUGUCUCCACGAAAGGAAUCUGGUUUGACUGGUGUCAGGAAGUUGAUGAGAACUCCGAAGCCUGUGCAAACACCUCGUAUAUCUGGUGUUAGUGAACUGUUUGUCGAUGAACCUAGUGUGAAGAGACGUCGUGGUCGACCCUCAUCAGUGCCACCGACCAACUUGACAGAGGAGGAAGCAGUUACACCUGAGAAGAGUUUGUUGUCUCCACGAAAGGAAUCUGGUUUGACUGGUGUCAGGAAGUUGAUGAGAACUCCGAAGCCUGUGCAAACACCUCGUAUAUCUGGUGUUAGUGAACUGUUUGUCGAUGAACCUAGUGUGAAGAGACGUCGUGGUCGACCCUCAUCAGUGCCACCGACCAACUUGACAGAGGAGGAAGCAGUUACACCUGAGAAGAGUUUGUUGUCUCCACGAAAGGAAUCUGGUUUGACUGGUGUCAGGAAGUUGAUGAGAACUCCGAAGCCUGUGCAAACACCUCGUAUAUCUGGUGUUAGUGAACUGUUUGUCGAUGAACCUAGUGUGAAGAGACGUCGUAGUCGACCCUCAUCAGUGCCACCGACCAACUUGACAGAGGAGGAAGCAGUUACACCUGAGAAGAGUUUGUUGUCUCCACGAAAGGAAUCUGGUUUGACUGGUGUCAGGAAGUUGAUGAGAACUCCGAAGCCUGUGCAAACACCUCGUAUAUCUGGUGUUAGUGAACUGUUUGUCGAUGAACCUAGUGUGAAGAGACGUCGUGGUCGACCCUCAUCAGUGCCACCGACCAACUUGACAGAGGAGGAAGCAGUUACACCUGAGAAGAGUUUGUUGUCUCCACGAAAGGAAUCUGGUUUGACUGGUGUCAGGAAGUUGAUGAGAACUCCGAAGCCUGUGCAAACACCUCGUAUAUCUGGUGUUAGUGAACUGUUUGUCGAUGAACCUAGUGUGAAGAGACGUCGUGGUCGACCCUCAUCAGUGCCACCGACCAACUUGACAGAGGAGGAAGCAGUUACACCUGAGAAGAGUUUGUUGUCUCCACGAAAGGAAUCUGGUUUGACUGGUGUCAGGAAGUUGAUGAGAACUCCGAAGCCUGUGCAAACACCUCGUAUAUCUGGUGUUAGUGAACUGUUUGUCGAUGAACCUAGUGUGAAGAGACGUCGUAGUCGACCCUCAUCAGUGCCACCGACCAACUUGACAGAGGAGGAAGCAGUUACACCUGAGAAGAGUUUGUUGUCUCCACGAAAGGAAUCUGGUUUGACUGGUGUCAGGAAGUUGAUGAGAACUCCGAAGCCUGUGCAAACACCUCGUAUAUCUGGUGUUAGUGAACUGUUUGUCGAUGAACCUAGUGUGAAGAGACGUCGUAGUCGACCCUCAUCAGUGCCACCGACCAACUUGACAGAGGAGGAAGCAGUUACACCUGAGAAGAGUUUGUUGUCUCCACGAAAGGAAUCUGGUUUGACUGGUGUCAGGAAGUUGAUGAGAACUCCGAAGCCUGUGCAAACACCUCGUAUAUCUGGUGUUAGUGAACUGUUUGUCGAUGAACCUAGUGUGAAGAGACGUCGUGGUCGACCCUCAUCAGUGCCACCGACCAACUUGACAGAGGAGGAAGCAGUUACACCUGAGAAGAGUUUGUUGUCUCCACGAAAGGAAUCUGGUUUGACUGGUGUCAGGAAGUUGAUGAGAACUCCGAAGCCUGUGCAAACACCUCGUAUAUCUGGUGUUAGUGAACUGUUUGUCGAUGAACCUAGUGUGAAGAGACGUCGUGGUCGACCCUCAUCAGUGCCACCGACCAACUUGACAGAGGAGGAAGCAGUUACACCUGAGAAGAGUUUGUUGUCUCCACGAAAGGAAUCUGGUUUGACUGGUGUCAGGAAGUUGAUGAGAACUCCGAAGCCUGUGCAAACACCUCGUAUAUCUGGUGUUAGUGAACUGUUUGUCGAUGAACCUAGUGUGAAGAGACGUCGUGGUCGACCCUCAUCAGUGCCACCGACCAACUUGACAGAGGAGGAAGCAGUUACACCUGAGAAGAGUUUGUUGUCUCCACGAAAGGAAUCUGGUUUGACUGGUGUCAGGAAGUUGAUGAGAACUCCGAAGCCUGUGCAAACACCUCGUAUAUCUGGUGUUAGUGAACUGUUUGUCGAUGAACCUAGUGUGAAGAGACGUCGUGGUCGACCCUCAUCAGUGCCACCGACCAACUUGACAGAGGAGGAAGCAGUUACACCUGAGAAGAGUUUGUUGUCUCCACGAAAGGAAUCUGGUUUGACUGGUGUCAGGAAGUUGAUGAGAACUCCGAAGCCUGUGCAAACACCUCGUAUAUCUGGUGUUAGUGAACUGUUUGUCGAUGAACCUAGUGUGAAGAGACGUCGUGGUCGACCCUCAUCAGUGCCACCGACCAACUUGACAGAGGAGGAAGCAGUUACACCUGAGAAGAGUUUGUUGUCUCCACGAAAGGAAUCUGGUUUGACUGGUGUCAGGAAGUUGAUGAGAACUCCGAAGCCUGUGCAAACACCUCGUAUAUCUGGUGUUAGUGAACUGUUUGUCGAUGAACCUAGUGUGAAGAGACGUCGUGGUCGACCCUCAUCAGUGCCACCGACCAACUUGACAGAGGAGGAAGCAGUUACACCUGAGAAGAGUUUGUUGUCUCCACGAAAGGAAUCUGGUUUGACUGGUGUCAGGAAGUUGAUGAGAACUCCGAAGCCUGUGCAAACACCUCGUAUAUCUGGUGUUAGUGAACUGUUUGUCGAUGAACCUAGUGUGAAGAGACGUCGUGGUCGACCCUCAUCAGUGCCACCGACCAACUUGACAGAGGAGGAAGCAGUUACACCUGAGAAGAGUUUGUUGUCUCCACGAAAGGAAUCUGGUUUGACUGGUGUCAGGAAGUUGAUGAGAACUCCGAAGCCUGUGCAAACACCUCGUAUAUCUGGUGUUAGUGAACUGUUUGUCGAUGAACCUAGUGUGAAGAGACGUCGUGGUCGACCCUCAUCAGUGCCACCGACCAACUUGACAGAGGAGGAAGCAGUUACACCUGAGAAGAGUUUGUUGUCUCCACGAAAGGAAUCUGGUUUGACUGGUGUCAGGAAGUUGAUGAGAACUCCGAAGCCUGUGCAAACACCUCGUAUAUCUGGUGUUAGUGAACUGUUUGUCGAUGAACCUAGUGUGAAGAGACGUCGUGGUCGACCCUCAUCAGUGCCACCGACCAACUUGACAGAGGAGGAAGCAGUUACACCUGAGAAGAGUUUGUUGUCUCCACGAAAGGAAUCUGGUUUGACUGGUGUUAGGAAGUUGAUGAGAACUCCGAAGCCUGUGCAAACACCUCGUAUAUCUGGUGUUAGUGAACUGUUUGUCGAUGAACCUAGUGUGAAGAGACGUCGUGGUCGACCCUCAUCAGUGCCACCGACCAACUUGACAGAGGAGGAAGCAGUUACACCUGAGAAGAGUUUGUUGUCUCCACGAAAGGAAUCUGGUUUGACUGGUGUUAGGAAGUUGAUGAGAACUCCGAAGCCUGUGCAAACACCUCGUAUAUCUGGUGUUAGUGAACUGUUUGUCGAGAAACCUAGUGUGAACGUGCAUUGUAGUUCACAGAAACUUUCUGGUGUUGCUUCAUUGUCUCGUAGACAUUGUAAAUCGUGUCGUUGUUUGCUCGCUGCAUGUCAAUGUGGUUUUGAUUUCAAUUACGUGGUUAACAAGUGUUCUAUGAGAAAAUCUGACCUUGUCGUUGAGUCUCUUUCAUCCAUUCGUACGCGUCGUGUUGUUAAAAUAUCGAAGUCUUCAGUCGAUAAAUAUGCUAACUCUGAUUGUUCUAUUUUGAAAAAAUUACCUGGAAAAUUUACAUCUCAAUCGACUAAUGAAGUCACCGUACAGGCGUCGAAAACUAGGUCAAAAACCAAGAGGAACGUUUCCACCAUGGAUUCACAAAAUUCUGAUUCUCUUUCAGAUCGUUCAAUGAGUGUAGUAAAGUCUCUGGAUAAACGGAUGUUGAAAGAACUCACUGAAGUGGUUGUUCCGUUCUCGAAUAAUGUGAUGGAAAAUCAUUCUCGGAAAGGGAAGACUCUCGCAUUUACAUCUCGGUUGACUCCUAAUGAUAUGUCAAAUUCAUGUGAUAAAUCUGCACUUUUGAAAAUGGGUUUUAUUGAGAACUCACAUCCUACGGUAUCCUUUAGCUCGAACACAUCUAAGGAUCGUGAGUCUGAUUCUGUUGUUCCUGUCGCAAGCCGUCUCCGUAAUAGAAGGAUCCCGUCAAGUAUUGAACGUUUGUCACCUAGUCGUACUCGACGUGCAGUUAAAGUACCGGACCCUUUGAUCAGUGAAUCUGCCACUAAAGGCAGUUCCGGUAAGAGUUCCGUGAUGAAAACAUCCUUUAGAAAAGUUGUAUCUCAAUCAAAUAAUGAGGUUGCCAUACAACCGUCGAAAACUAGGUCAAAAACCAAGAAGAACGUUUCCAUUAUGGAUUCGCAGUUUCCAGAUUCUCUGCUCAAUCAUUCGGUCAAUGCAACGAAGUCUGCAAACAACACCUCAAAAAGAUCUAUAAAGAGACUAGCUGAAGUGCGUAGAGUCUCUUCUAGUAUUCCAUUGGCCAAACGUCUACGGAGUAGAAUUGAUCAGUUGGAUAUUAAAUGUAUAACAUCUGAACACACACAAAAUGAAGAAAGAUCUUUAUCCGUGAAAAACCAAUCUGGUGAGGAAAAGAAGAAAAAUGGUACCAAAAGAAAUAACCCGCAAAACCGUAAACAGCUAAUCACUUCAAAAUCAAAACUACUUCCAACUACUUCAUCUUCAAAAUCUGCUUCAACUAAUGAAUCUAAAAAUAUUACAACAUUGAAGGUUAAAACAAAUUCACGACAUAUUAAACGCAUUUCUGUUACGCCUGUUGAUAAUAUAGCUAAUGUUUCACCAAAAAGACGUGUUCUUCGUUCUCGUAAGUUAAUAACUACUUCUUCAGAAAUAAGUCAACCAAUUGAAGAAAAAAUAUCAACUAAAAUCACUAAUAAGUCGAAAUUAAAGACCACUACUACUACUAAUAAUAAUGAUAAUAAUAAUAAUAGUAGAUCAGUAGUAUCGAAAUCAUCUCAAGCUAAACAAUCACCAGUUUCAAUUCGUCAAACUCGUUCAAGAAAAAAACAGACAGCAACAAACAAUCUAUAAAAAUAAAUAAUACUUUUAUUCAUUAAUUCGUAAAUAACAAACAAAAAAAGUUUACCUAUUUUUAACACCUUUAUGUAUUUAUGUUUAGUGUAUUAUUUAUUCAAAGGAACAAUCUAUUAUCCUUAUUCCAUUCAAAGAGUACCAUAUAUAUAUAUAUAUAUAUCACUUGUUGUUACCAUAGUUACUAUCAUUAUUAUUAUUAGUAGUAGUAGUAGUAAUAAUAAUAAUAAUAAUAUUAAUACACUCUCUAGAGUAACAACAUUUACCAAUACGAUUGAAUACUAAUGUUUAUUAGUUAGUUAACUUAUUCAUUCAUGGUUUUAUGUUAAUUCUUAUUACAAUAUUACUGUAAUUUAUUUCGUUUUUAUUAUUUUUUUUAGAAUUAAAUCUAUCUAUCUAUAUUUACUGUCCACUUAGGUUAUGCUGUUAAAAUUGAUGUUGUAUAUAAUCUAUACAUGUUUCUAUUUAUUAUAUAUAAUAGUUUAAGUGUAUAUUUGUUUUGUUAUUGUUAAUACAAUGUAUCAUACAUUGUCAUUAUUAUUAUGAUUAAUGUCAACUUUUAUUUCUAAUCAUUUCUACGUUUAUAUUUUAUUGUUGCAUUCACUUUUGUUUUCUUCAAAAAUGCUAAACGUCAAGCAAUAUAU